AUUCAAAAUUAAAAAAAAAAUGUCUUCUUCAUCUUCAUUAUUCUCUCUUCUCUUUGUUGCUAUAUUUCUUGUUUUAUGUUCCCAAAUUGCCCUCUCAUUAUCACCCAAUUUUUUCUUACAAUCUCAUAAUGAUAAUAUUAGUCCAAAGAAAUUUCAAUUAACAAUGGGUGAAAAAUUGAUUACGCAACUUAAUUUGUUCCCUAAACAUGACAUUAAUAUUGUUUCUUCAAAGGACAAUAGUGUCAAUAAUUAUGAGAAUAAAUUAUUUGAGAAGAAAUUGGAUUUAUCUUAUCUUGGUGAUUCUGGUUCCACUGUCCAAGACUUAGGUCAUCAUGCUGGUUAUUUUCCUCUUGUACACACUAAAGCUGCAAGGAUGUUCUAUUUUUUCUUUGAAUCAAGGAGCAACAAGAAUGAUCCAGUGGUGAUAUGGUUAACAGGAGGACCAGGAUGCAGCAGUGAAUUGGCUUUAUUUUAUGAAAAUGGACCUUUUAAAAUAUCAAACAACAUGUCUCUUGUCUGGAAUGAUUUUGGUUGGGACAAGGUGUCAAACCUUAUAUAUGUUGAUCAACCAACUGGAACUGGUUUCAGUUAUACUUCUGAUCAAAGUGACAUUCGUCACAAUGAAACUGGUGUAAGCAAUGACCUUUAUGAUUUCCUACAGGCCUUCUUCAAUGCUCAUCCUGAGUAUGUAAACAAUGAUUUCUACAUUACUGGAGAAUCAUAUGCUGGACAUUAUAUUCCUGCAUUUGCUUCUCGAGUUCAUCAAGGAAACAUAAAGAAGGAAGGAAUUCACAUAAACCUCAAGGGUUUUGCUAUUGGUAAUGGCCUCACCAACCCAGAAAUCCAGUAUAAAGCUUACACUGACUAUUCUUUGGAUAUGAAAUUGAUCAAUCAAACAGACUACGAUGAUAUAAAUAAAUUAUAUCCAAAAUGUCAACAAGAAAUUAAGCUUUGUGCAAGUGGUAGUGAAGAUGCAUGUAAGAAGGGAUUUAGUGAUUGCACACUCAUUUUCGACAAUAUAAUGGACAUUGCUGGCGACAUAAAUUACUAUGAUAUCCGGAAGACCUGCAGUGGUAGCCUCUGCUAUGACUUCUCGAGAAUGGAAACUUACCUCAAUGAUAACCAAGUUAAAGAAGCCCUCGGUGUUCCUGCCAGUAUUGAUUUUGUCUCGUGUAGUUCUUCAGUUUAUCGGGCGAUGAUGAAGGACUGGAUGAAGAAUCUUGAAGUCGGUAUUCCUCAACUUCUUGAGGAUGGCAUCAAUCUACUCAUUUAUGCUGGAGAGUAUGACCUUAUCUGCAACUGGAUUGGGAACUCAAAUUGGGUGCAUGCAGUAGAAUGGUCUGGGCAGAAAGGCUUUGAGGCUGCACCGUCUGUUUCUUUCACAGUAGACGGUGAGGAGAAAGGUGUUCAAAAGAAGUAUGGACCACUGAUGUUCCUCAAGGUCUACGAUGCAGGUCAUAUGGUGCCGAUGGACCAACCUAAGGCAGCACUUGAAAUGCUUCAGAGGUGGACUCAUGGCAACUUGUGAAGAAUCAAUUUAAGAACCACACAUACUGAAACAGAUUAACAAUUUACCAGCUUUAUAAUAUCAGCAAAACAUAGAAAAUCAUGUAGAUACAUUUCACCCUUUCAAGUGAAUGUUGUUCUUCUAAGAUAUUGGAUUAAGCAUUAUAACAUAUAGUGAACCACACUGUUUCCUCUUA